AUGUCCGAUAUCGAAAGUGGCAUACAUUCCAAUCAUGAAAAAAAGAUUUCCAACGACAGCGGUGAUCGGAGCGUCAAGCAAGACACAUGUACUGGGCGUGAAGAGCCAAACAGAAUUAAGAUCAAACUCUUUUUGAGUUUGUUUUCCUUGGGACUGUCGAUGUUUGUAACGGCACUGGACGUCUUGAUUGUCGGGACUAUCAUUGAUACUGUGUGCCAGUCCUUCGGAGACUAUACCAAGAGCGGAUGGAUUGUCACGGGUUACUCGUUACCUAAUGCACUAUUUAGCUUGCUGUGGGGCAGAUUAUCCGCCACGCUAGGGCCCAGACUAAGCGUGGUUAGCUGCAUACUGCUUUUCGAAACGGGUUCUCUGAUAUCUGCGUUGGCGAAUUCCAUGGACAUGUUGAUAGCCGGCAGGGUCGUGGCUGGGGUUGGCGGAAGCGGGCUGCAAACACUGAGUCUCGUUCUAGGAUGUCAGCUCGUUAGCGAGAAGUCCCGCCCACUAGUAAUGUCACUAUUGAAUUGCACUUUCGCUGUUGCGUCCAUUGCGGGGCCGUUUUUGGGUGGAGUUUUCACUACGCAUGUUACCUGGCGAUGGUGUUUCUACAUCAAUCUACCCAUUGGCGGGGCCGCGAUUGCAAUAUUUCUGUUUUUCUAUAAUCCAGAAGGGGUGAACUUGCAGAAAAAAGGCUGCGAAACCCUCAAAAAAGUAGUGAGCUUUCGAUUUGGAAAAAUAUCACCCCGGUAUGUUUUACAGCAACUGUUGUUCGGCUUUGAUGUUGUAUCAUUUGCCUUUUUCACUACAGGUUGGCUACUUUUCCUGUUGGCACUGACUUUUGGCGGUCAAAGUCACCCUUGGAAGUCAGGCAUAGUUAUUUCUUUCAUUAUCGUUGGUGUCUUGUUGAUCAUACUUUCUUUAGCCUAUGACUUCAAAAUGUUCGAAAUAAUAAAAACACGGGACAGUUUUAGACCGCUUUUGAGCUGGCGUUUAAUGUCACAGACGACAAUUUUGCUUGCAAAUUUGACCGGUUUUUUUUCAACAAUUGCAUACAAUGUGCAAAUGAUUUACAGCGUGCAGUUUUUCCAAUUGGUAUGCGGAUCUUCCGCAUGGAAAGCCGGUCUUCACCUAAUCCCAAUUUUGAUAUCUACGGUUGUGUUUUCCAUUGCUAGCGGGGUCCUCAUCAAAAAGACUGGUCAAAUUAAGCCCCUUCUAUUAUUUGGUAGCGCAAUGGGGGUUGUGGGAAGCGGACUCAUGAUACUGCUCAACAACACAUCUAACAAGCACACUCAGAUUGGUGUAUUAAUCCUUCCUGGGGUUGCACUAGGAUUCGUAUUACCGGCUGCGUUGAUAGCCUGCCAUGUCCAGCUCAAUAAAAAUAGUUCCACCUACGGAGCGGAUAUUUUAGAAACCACUUCGGUAAAUGCACUGCUUAAAUCUUUAGGAACCACAGUGGGUAGCAUUCUUUCGACCAUGGUCUUCUCCAUCUCUUUACACCAGAAAAUGAGGCAUAGUGAACUUAUGCUCAAUGAACAUGCUACACUUGAUGACAUCGCAUCCUAUAGAAAAGACCAUUUUGAUGGCUCACGCUCCGAAAUGGGGUAUAUGUUGAACGAUUCGAUAAAAAAUGCAUUCUGGAUGGCUUUAGGAUCUUCCGCGAUUGCAUUCAUUUGCAGUCUUUUUGUUUCGAGGCGGAAAAUAGCCAUGUAG